UGAGCACAAGCUGAUUCAAUUCAUGGCGUUAUGAUUGUCAGUAUUGUUAGUGAAACCGAAAGUGAGGUAAUUUUCCAAUUGGUGUUGGCGCAUUUUCACACCCUAAAAAUCGCUAAAUUAUAAAUUGUUGUGAAAAAGAAAUUUUUAGAAAUUAUUUAAUAAUUAAAGUAAGUGUUUGAAUAAAAUUGUGAAAAAAUCGAACAUGAAAUUAGGCUAGAUAAACAUUUAAAAUGAAACAUCAUCUCAGCAAUUUAUUUAAAUUAAAAAGAAAACAAAAUCCUCUUCCUAGUCUUGGGCCAACUCCCCUCUUCCUCCUGCCCAAGCCACAGCCAAGCUGCAGUUCCUAGUCUUGGGCUGAAUCUGGCCCGACUCCUCUCUUCCCCUCCCCAAGCCGCAGCCCAAGCUGCAGGUCCCUUUUCCAGAGAAGUUCAUUCUACGUCUCUCUCCUUUUGGGCUGGAAGUCUGGAAACGAAGAAGUUCCGUUUGUGUCCCUUCGCUACAGUGUCUUCUUCAAGCUUCAGUCGGCCGAACCGAGCCUGUGCCGCCUGCCCUCCCCCUCCAAAUUCGGCCGUCUCGUUGUUCCGUUUCCGAAAUUGAUUGAGGGGAUUUGUUGCCGUUAUUCUUAAUCUUGCCUUCCCCUCGAGAAAUCGAAGAAAUCCCGUGGUUUAUCUCCCCGAAUCGGAGCGGUUUUGAUCUCCUAUCUUGCCGGCGAACCCUAACUCUUCCGCGGCCAAUCCCCGCCGUGUCCGAGCCGAUCUCCUCCCUCUUUGCCUAACUCUUCGUUGGCUCCGCAAGGACGAGGGCUACCUCGGCCGCCGGUUCCCUUGCGCCGAAGACCACCGGAAGCUGCUCGCCGACGCGAACCCGAGCGCCGCUGCCUCCCAUCGACCUCCAGCCGCCACUCACCGUUGUUUCCACCAUCGCCGAGCUUCGCCGUCGCUCUCCUCCGCAUCGCAGCGCCGAGGAGAAGCCCGACUACCCUUCCGUUGCCGCUGCCCGUCGCCGGAAAACCGCCGCCACCGCCGACCCGACCUCGCUGCCCUUCGGAGCUCCCCGCCGGUGUCUCCCGUCGUCGUUCAUCGUCGUGUUUAGUUUUCCGUCAUUUCGGAUGAUCGUUCGUUCUUUGGAGAAGCUCCUGAAGAUGAAUUGAAGACGCUUGUUUGCAAGGCAAGUCACAUAGAUCUCAAAAUACCCUUUGAGAAUGUUGAAUCUAUGUUUAAAUUCUUUAUUUCAUUUAAAUAUGCUUUUAUUUUUGAAUGUCAUUGGGUUGUCUGAGCCUUUUCCCCAUAUUAUGGCCGAAGGUAACUUUAUUAUCCUAUGGGUAGUUUGACUAGCUGGGCCUUAUAUACUGGUUUAGUUAGAUAUUUAGAUGUAAUUGCUUACCCGUGCUUUGAAACAUUAGCACACUAUGGGGAUAACUAAUGCUUCACUAUUACUUAAUGAUGGAUAUUUAAUGGUAGCUCACGAUGGUCAAUCGUGAUUGGUUAAUUAGUUAAAUGCCAAUUAAAACCUAAUAAUGGUGGGUUGUGAGCACAUGGUUUUGAUGGUCGUGCACAUGACAAUUAAGGGCCAGUUCACGAGCUACUAUUGUGAAGCAUUAACUGUACUAACCACAAGCCAGCGUGGGCAACGACUGGAUACAUUAUAUAGCAUGGUUCAUUAUGGAGUGCCAGAGUGAGAAGUUGUGGAGAUAAGCCCACGGGAUUCGCUGGGGAGUUUAUACCUUGGUCUAAAGGGGAGUCUAUGAUCCAGGAAGGUGCACUGCUUUGAAUUGUGUUAUGCGAGGUCUCUUGUCACAGUCAUGUUUCGAGGUACCGUGGUGGUACUGAGGGCAUGGCAACAUGUUAUGGUUCUAUGUCUUGUGGGUAAAUUUGUACACAUCUAGCCAGAGUAAAACUAUUCAAGUAGCCGUGUCCGCGGUUAUAGGGUGAGCCUAACAAUGUUUUUCUUGAUUAGUUCCACACUACUCAUUAAUAAUAAUGUGAUAAAUGAUGAUACUUUGGUUUAGCUCCUGGUAUGAAAUGGUUAGUCCUUGGUUUUGGAGAUUGGGUCUGUCAACCGGGCAUGGUUGUUCAGUUAUGGUUGGGCCUAUGCAACGGGUAUGUUGUAUAGUGUUGGAUUAAUACUAUUUAAUUAAUUACUCUACUGUUUUACAUAUUCUCAACUCUUUGUCAAAUGUUUCUUUCGCAAAUGAACCCUAUAUUAUGUCAUCCUUUGUUAUCCCUGUGCACUUGCAUACUUGUUGUGUGGCCUACGGAGUAUUCAUAUACUCACCGUGCAAUAAUCAUCAAACCUCAGUUGGAGAAAAAAGAUCCAUAAAAAGAACACUUUUGGCUUAGAUCCCAGUGAGUUGUCUGGUGGAGUGGAGUUGAAGCUUCGCUAGAUUUUCUUUUCUGCUGCAGUUUUCUUCGUGGUGAGGACUAAGUGCCUCAUAUGACUGCAAAGACCCUGAGAAACGAGGCACAGAUUGAUUGCACAAGAGGUGUGAGUAGGGAGCAAAGAGCCAUAAACAGAAGGAACAAACUUGAUUCCUCAUUGCUUUCAAGUAGGGGUGAUGACAAGAAAGACAAGCCAAGCCGCGGCUUAAAAAAUAUGAGAAAAUAUCAAGAGAUUCGGAAGGCAGUGGCUAAUUAUUACAACAAUCUGUGUGCUAUAGAGGAGGAACGAUUCGACAAAGAUCUUCGUGAUCGAGAAGUUUCGAGCAUUGCUUUUGAAGAGAAAUCAUUUGGCCAUGUUGUCAAUCCCGGUCAACAAACUUAUCGAAUCAGUGCUAAUGUUGAUGUAGAUUUGUCUACCAUUGUUGUCUCCCUUGCUUUGUUUGAUGGAGAUAAGAUGUUAUUUGCAUGCUCGGGAAUACCUCUACCAGAUGGGACAACUAGAGAACACCUAACGAGAUUUGUGACAUCAGCUGCUUUGGUUAGAGUAUUCGACGAGAAGAGAAAUAGAGAUGAUAAAUUGAGGGUUGCAGUGCGCCUUCCUAAUAAUAGAAUUACUGAUGGGUUCUUAGGACUAUAUGACCAUGAUAUUGCUAUUGUCACGUGCUUUGGGCUCAUAGAGGUCCGUCCUAUAAGUUUUAAGGCCUGUCCUGAUGGUAUUCAAGCACUAGUUGCUGGGCGUGCCUUCGAGUCAGGCAAUUUAAUGGCUAUGGAUGGUUUUGUUCGCUGCAACAACACCUGGGUUCCAGAUAGUCAAGAUAUCUCUAAGGCUGUACUUGGAGGGCCGCUUCUUGGAAAGGAUAAGGGAUUUAUUGGGAUGAACUUUAGCAUUUGCCAUGAUGAUGAUGGAACUUUGACAUAUGCUUUCCUACCAACGAAAUUGCUUCGGAAGCGUUUGGAGCAUUUUGGGAUAUUGAAUCCUAAACAUCUCCACUUCCGAGGAUAUUCGUUGCCUAAAGGUGUAUCAAGCAUAAUACCUUCAGGAUUUAUGAAAACUAUUUACCGGUUAAAAUCCUAUGGGUAUCCCAUGCCACCACCACUUGUGCUUGAAUUGAAUGGGGAAUUGCUUAAUCAUUUUGAAGAACGCUUUGGUGAAUUACUUGCAUGGAAAGGGUACCCUUAUGGUGAUCCAGCCAAGUCUUGUAGGAAUCGUGUCUGGUAUCAACUUCCGAAAGAAGUUGUGACAAAUAUAUCUCGUCGUGUUGUCUCCCUUGCAUCAUUCAAUGGUUUCGUGAGGUUUUUUGCAUGCACAGGCUUGAUUAUAAAGUGGCAUGGAAGCAAAGCUACGCGCACUGUCAUCUUGACUUCAGCAAGUUUGGUCAAUCGUUGUAAUGAUGACAAGAUUGAUAGUAACCUGACGAUUGAGGUGUUUCUCCCACCGAACCAACGUUGUUGUGGGACAUUGGAAUUCUAUAAUUUAAACUAUAAUAUUGCUAUUGUCAGUCUCAAGAAGAAUUUCAAUGCUGUUCGCCUAGAAGAUAUUUUUAGUAAAACGGUGCAAGAGCCAUCUGAAAAAGUAGUAGCUAUAGGACGUGACACUAGACUUGGACCAUUGAUGGCCACAAUUGGUAAUGUGAAGCGUGGUAAAAAGGGAUGCAAACUUGACUGCAAAGAUCUUAAGCUGUCCACAUGUAAAAUCAAGAAGGCUGGGAUUGGAGGCCCUCUUAUUAAUUUUGAUGGGAGUUUUGUUGGCAUGAACUUCUAUGAUGGAAGUGAAGCAACUCCUUUCCUACCAAGGCAUAAGAUUGUCGAAGUUUUAAGCAGAGUGAAUGAUUUACCAUCAGAAAGUGGAUGUAACAAUCCUAUGCCCAUAGAUAUCGGUGAGGGAACGAAGAAAAACAGGUGGCCUGUGCCCGAGCCAUACUGGUAUCAUGGUUCGCUUGAUGUAGAUAGGUCUUAUGUACCCAAGUGUAUUGGAAGGCGUCUCCAGUAAACUCAUGCUGGUAUUUGGCGGACCUUGUUCUGCUCAUUUAGCAAGUAAUACUUAUUUGACAAACUUGUCUAAAAUAUAUGUAAGUUUAACGACUGGUGUCCAGGGAUUAUCUAUGUGACUUGACUGUAGCAAUUUACGAGUUAUCUCAUUUUUUUGGUGUGUCAAAAGUAGUUCCACUGUCGGAGUAGUUAUGAAGUUGUGUUGAUCAAGCAAUUAGCUAACGGAUAUAUUAUUCAUAUCAUGUCCUUGAUGUGUUCAUCCAGUGGGUAGGGCCGUAGGGAUCCCCAAUGGGACUGACUGUAUAUAAGUUUGCUCAAGAUUUGACUUGGGCUGAAUGAGCUCUGUUGUUCAAGA